GGGGAAGCGGGAGGCAAACUCGGCCUAGUUGUGUUAGUUUUAUUUGUUGUUAUUUAUUAAUGAAAGAUAUGGACGGUUCCCAUCGCGCUAACGUGCUCGUUACAUCCUGUCUGAAAACACCGGUGGAUCCGCACACGAAAGUCCCGCUGGCUUUAUACGAGAGAGCGCGCGCUGCCCCGGGUAUAACGGAUAAUGAACAGAAGGAGUCUGACGAAGAAUCAGACCCAGGAACUGAUGACGCUCACGCUGAAGUCAGCUGCGCUCAGCUCCCCUGGCCUGCCGAUCACCUUGACCUGCAUGAGCUGUACCUUUCUAAUGAGCAGUACUACUGCAAGCUGGAGCAGCUGAGGAGAGCUCACCUUCACACCAUGGCUGAUCUCGAGCUCAUGUACCUCAAGAAACUGGAGCUGAAGGGCAGUGAACCUCUGAGCAAACAUGACAGAGCCUGUCUGCUGCAGUGUCAUCAGAUAAACGGUACGACUGGGGGAAAACUGAAGAAGUCUCACUUGGCCCAUGAACUCUAUGUGGAUGAGGUUUGCAACGGUGACCGUGGUGACCAUGUCAACCAAAACAUUACGAAAGAUCUUCUCAGCUCACCGAAGGAACACAUCAAAAACAUGUGGCAAGGAUUCCGUGUUGAUAAAACAUCCCCAAAUAAGCAGAAACCUUCCUCAACGUCGCUAGAGAACCAUCCAGGUAACCAUCAAGCCACAGUGGAACCAAAGCGAGUUCAAAGGUCUACAAAAGGAAGAGGAAGGUCAAAAGAGGAAGGCUGGCGUCCACAGGUGACGGUGCCCAAGCCUUUCCAGAUGACACUCCGGGAGACGGAAUACAAACACAAGGUGGUCAGGUCUCGUGCUGAAAUCGAACGGGAGAACGAGGAGCUGCGGCGAGAGAUAGAAGAGCUGACCGAGUGUCAGCGCAAGUUCAGAGCCACUGCGGUGCCUGCUCACGUGCGCAUGCCGCUGUACGAGGAACUGCGGGAGCGAGACGAAGAACGGCGUCGCCAGUUACGGGCCACGGAACAACGGCGCCUCCUCACCACUCAGAGGCCCUUUAGCUUUCUGGAAAGGGAGCAAAUCAAGAAACAGCAGAAGGAGCUCACUGAGGAGCAAGAAGAGCACAGGAGGCGGCCAUUUCGCGCCAAACCGGUUCCCUGGGCGGUUAAAGAGGCAGCGACGGGCGAGCGUCAAAAAGAAGAGCAGCUCUACCGGGAAAUCAAGAAAGAGAUGCGAGCGACAGAAAUGCUCCUGAGCGCCAACGAGCCGCCCAGCAUGCUGUCCAAACGGAUCAGUGAACGCCGAAUGCAGAGACAAGAGCGAUCGGCACCGACCGCAGGCAUCAGAAUCAGCUCCCAGGUGCCAGACUUCGACGCCAGAUAUAGGCGCUUCCAGAAGCAGCUGGCAAGAAAGCGUGAAUUUCGACCUCUGACAGCUUGUGAACCCUUCAUGCUGUGCACGGCUAACAUCAACCCGCGUAAAGAGCGCCUCACAGUCGACACUGAGGCAGGGGGGAGGAGCCAGAGCGCAUCACAGGGCCUGUUUGUGUCUCUUUCUCCUCGAACACCUUCGUCUUCUGUGUGUUCAUCUCUCUCUGGGAGCCGUGAAUACUUACCUUCCAAAAUUACUGACGCAGCCAAGAAACGUCAGGAGGCUGUUAGGAAAGUUCUCGAACAGAGGAAGAACGCUGAGCAAGAGGAAGAGGAACGGAAGGAGCGACAAAAGCAGAAGGAGAGGAAACUGCAGAAGCUGAUAGCCAAGCGUGCUCAGGCCAAUGACCCACAUGUGGCUCUGGCACAGAUCUGUGAAUCUAAACUCAAGCAGUUCAGGAAACAGGACCUGCAGAGGCGCAGGGAGUAUGAAGAAGAGAUGAGAGAAAUUCAAGAGCGAGUGAAAAGCAGACCUCUUCUACUAGAACGAGUAACACAGAUGAAUGCUAAGAAGGCAGCAGAGAAAUGCUAUACUGAUGUUCUGCAUACGUUUGGGCUCAGUGAGGCCUUCAUCAACAGUAAAGCUCCCACAAGUGACCAGGACUACACUCUGUCCAGUCAUUCAGUGAUUCACACGCCUCUUACACACAGGGUGGACCAAACAUCUGAUCAUCUAGACUAUCUUGAGGAUUAUGAAGUUUAUGACCAAGACGGUGAGGACGUACUGAUGGACAGGAAGAAUGAGAUACAGCAGGAGGACGAGGGAGAAAAACUAGUCAAAGAAAAUGACCCCGGUGAGGACGGAGGCGGCGGUCAUUUGUACGAGGACGAUCUGGAUUUUGAUGACUAUGACGGUCAGGAUGGGGAUGAAAGUGGCGAAGGGUGUGGUGACAGAAGCCACAGUCGCCAUAGCAACACAAGCAGGGCGAGUGACGACGGAAAAAGAAGUACGAGCCCUUUAUCAGAUGAAGGAAGGAAGGAAGACAGGAAAAGCAGAUGUGGAAGUCGGGAUUCUGUCAGUGAUGAGGAGACAGAAGGAAGAGAAAGAGGAGAAGAAAAGGAUGAUGAUGAUGAUGAUGAUGAUGAUGAUGAUGAUGAUAAGGACUGAGGAAGCCAUUUCAGUCUCUUUAGCUCCUCUUGUGGACAUGGUUGGGAUUUUUAUGUGUGCAGUAUUUAUUAUAAGGCUGGAGUGUAGAUUGAUCCAUCCUUUUUUUCACCUUCAUGUAGAUGUUGAAACCUUGAUAUAAUAAAAAUUUGCUAUCUUUUAUA